GUGUCAUGGAGUUCUCCUGUGCACGGAUUGCAGGAGCACUCUGGUUUCUGGACCGAAAGAGCCGUGCUGAUGAAUGUGAAAAGAUGUACAAAGGAAGCUAGGUGUAAUUAGAUUGCUAGUAAGUGAGAAUACUGAGGAAAUUUCAGCUUUCUUCUUUUUUUAGUGUGCUGUCUUGUGCUGUGCUGUAAUAAAUUUAUGCUUGUUGGUACUACUGUGUGGUAUGUGGGAGGUACUUCACUGCACAUAGUUGCUGCAGUGCUAAUAGUUGGCAGCACAGAAGGCAGUACAAAGAGUCCGACUGGAGGCACUUGCAGUUGCAACGUUCCCUUGGAGGCUGUGGCAUGCUCAGUGAGCUGCAGGGGCACUCCUGACACGUUCAGCCACUUGUGUGGAGAAGUGGGAGUUCCAGCAGGCUUUAACAAGCAGAUGUAGGCUACUAGCUGAGAGGUACAACAGCAUAGCUCAGGCUGGCUAAAAAAUAGUACUCAUGCUGCUACGUAAACAGAACAAGAUCUUAGUAUCAAGAUGGCUGACCUGGAAGUGUACUUGUAGCUCAUUUGCAUAAGUAUCACGAGCUACAUGUGAGUGGCUUACUCAGAGGAGGAAGCUCAUUUUGCACGUGCCACCUUCUCGCCAGGGUCAAGAUGGAUAGCACAGAUGAACCUCAGAAAAAAGUCUUUAAAGCACGAAAAACCAUGAGAGUAAGUGAUCGACAACAACUUGAAGCUGUCUAUAGGGUUAAAGAGGAGCUGUUGAAGACGACUGAAGUUAAACUGUUAAAUGGAAAGCAUGAGAAUGGAGAUUCUGAUUUAAAUUCCCCUUUAGGCAAUACAGACAGUAUGGAGGACAAGAGGGAAGUUAAUGGCCUAGUGGACUUGUGUGUUAACUCUGAAGAAGGAAGAACCGCUUCUGAUGAAAUUAGUGAAGCGAAAAGCCCUGAAAGUAGGGCAGGGAACAUAGUCAGUGACAUAGAACCCAAACUAACGCUGUCUCCAGAGGAUGUUACUCCUGCGCAAGAUAAAGAUACUGAUACUGCUUUAGCUUGUGAGGCUGAAAAUGGAGUGCUUGGUAGCAAUAAAGAUAACUUCCAUGAAGAAAAUAAUACAAAAGAUCAUUUGGACCAAAGAGAGAGUGACAUCCCAUCAGAAGGUGAAAGUAAAUCAAUUUGUGGUAUCAGUGACUCUUCUGAAGAGAAGGGAGAAGCAAAUGACUUAACUAUUAAUUCCGAUUCAUCUGGUGAGGCAAAAAGGACUGAGGAAGGAACCGUUGAAGAUGCUGUUGGAGAAGAAGCCAUCUCUAGCAGUAUGGAAGCUGACCAGGAACCAAAGGACAAACGAGGCAUCCCUGCAGGUCUUUCAGAAACCACUGUUCAGAAGACAAUAGAUGAGCCAAGUGGAAGUAUCUUGGACAAUACUGACUGUAUGGAAACAGAUGAAAUUAUUCCAAUUUUGGAAAAACUAGCCCCUGCUGAAGACGAACUGAGCUGUUUUUCUAAAAGUUCUCUGCUUCCAGUGGAUGACACAGUCCCAGACUUAGAAGAGAAGAUAGACAACUGUUUGGGUUCACCAUCCAAGCAGGAAAGCAGUGAAAGUCUGCCAAAAGAGGCUUUCUUAGUACUGUCUGAUGAAGAGGAUGCUUGUGAUGAGAAGGAGGAACGUGCUGAAAUAAUACUACCAAACAAGUCAAGUCUUCCAGAAGAGAUGGAGGAGGAGAGAAGAAAGGAGGGUGAAGAGGGUGGAGAAGAAGAGGCCCACAAAGAAGAGGAGAAGCAUGCAGAGAGAAGUGAAGCAUCAAGGAGAAAGCGUUCCAAAUCUGAGGACAUGGACAGUGUUCAUUCUAAACGUCGUCGGUACAUGGGAGAAGAUUAUGAAGCAGAACUUCAAGUAAAAAUUACAGCCAGAAAGGAUGUUGACCAAAAAUUACAAAAGAUUAUCCAGAGACUGUUAGAAGAAAAACUUACUGCUUUACAGUGUGCUGUAUUUGACAAGACUCUGGCGGACUUGAAAACCCGAAUAGAGAAAGUAGAAUGUAACAAGAGGCAUAAAACCGUGCUUACUGAACUACAGGCUAAAAUUGCUAGAUUGACAAAGCGGUUUGGAGCAGCCAGGGAGGACUUGAAGAAAAGACAGGAAAAUUCACCAAAUGCACCCCUGUCUCCAGGGAAAGCAGCAAGUGACACUGCAAACACAAUCAACGCGACAUAUCGAAAUGCUGGCACAGUGAGGCAGAUGCUGGAGUCAAAGAGGAAUGUAGGAGAGAGCACGCCAGCAACUUUUCAAGCCCCUGUGAAUGCAGUGCCAGCUUCCAGUCUUGCUGCUCCUCCGACAGUUGUCAGUGGACACCCUAAGCCUCAGACUCCAGUGACCUCCACCAGCUCUUUGACAACAGCAGUUCUUCCCACAGCUAACACAGCUACGGUUGUAGGCACUAACCAAGUGCCCAGUGGCAGCACUCAGUCAGUGUCUGUCUCAUUGCAGUCUUUGCCUGUAAUCUUGCACGUACCUGUCGCAGUGUCAUCCCAGCCUCAGCUCCUGCAAGGCCACACAGGGACUUUGGUCACUAACCAACAGUCAGGCAACGUUGAAUUUAUAUCCGUACAAAGCUCAUCUACAGUUGGUAGCCUUACCAAAACUACAGUGUCUUUGGCCUCCACUAACCCAACUAAACCAAAUAACAGCCCAUCUGUGCCCAGUCCUGGCAUUCAAAGGAACUCUCCAGCCAGUGCUGGGCCAAUAGGCACAACGUUGGCAGUACAGGCUGUUUCUACUGCACAUCCUGUUGCCCAGGCCACAAGGACUUCUUUGCCCACAGUGGGUACUUCAGGACUUUAUAAUGCUACCAGCAGUCGAGCCCCCCUACAGAUGAAGAUUCCCCUCUCUGCAUUUAGUAGUACAGCUCCUAUUGAACCACCCACCAUUACAGCGCCCAGACUUGAAAACCAGACAAGCAGGCCACCAACAGAUACUUCGGCAAACAAGCGAACUGCUGAGGGAACAACACAGCUCUCAGAUCAAAAAGUAGUUCGCUGUGUUCCGUAUACCUGUGGCAUAUUUGAUGGUACAACUUUGAUCAAUUGUUUCGAAAAGCAGUUGAAACAGGAAGAGACUUCAUCAGAAAAUAAAGAAGCAGUAGAAGCAGCACAGACGAAUUUUAACUUCCCCGAGGAUGUCCUCUUUGGCUUGGAGGAAGAGGAAGAGGAUGCUAAGAGCAUCAAAAACACCCACAAGCAGACUGGCUGGGCAGCUAACCUAUUAAAACAAUGGCUGGCCAAAAAUGGCAAGGAUCCUAGCUUUGAAUUGGUCCCAGUAAGUGAACUCAAUGAUAUCCUAAGAGAGUUUUAUUAUACAAUAAGGAAUCAUGAUGGAAAUACCUACAGUGUGGCAAGCUACAAGUCAAUGCGUGCUGGCUUAAACCGGCAUCUCAAAAUGCCACCUUAUAAUCGUCAAAUUUGCUUAAUGAAGGACAAAGAGUUUGCUAGUGCAAACACGGUAUUUGUGAGCGUGCUGAAGAUGCUGCGCAUGCAGGGAAAGGAUGAGACUCACCACCAUCCUCCUAUAGCUGCUGAGGACUUGCGUAAGAUUAAACAAUCUGGUGUGCUGGGAUUGCACAGCCCACUGGCACUCGUCAACAAGGUGUGGUUUGAUUUGCAGUUGCAUUUUGCCAAACGAGGGAGGGAAAUUUUAAGAGAUCUGGCUCCAGAUGCUUUUGUUGUUGAGAAGGACAAGAAUGGGCGUCGAUACGCUAUGUUUAGGUAUCCUGGCAAAGGAAAAAAUGGAGAAGAUCCUCAUAAAAUGGGUAAAAUGUAUGAUAUGCCAGGGGACCCAAACUGUCCUGUUUUUUCCUUGGAGCUUUAUUUGUCUAAGUUGCCUCCAGAGCCCCCUGCCUUUUACCUGCAUCCUUUAAAGCUAACGUCAGAGCAAAUGCAAGAACAGCCUGUCUGGUACAAAAGAGAACCGAUGGGUGUGAACUACUUAGGUACCAUGAUGCCCAGGAUAAGUGUGGCAGCCAGGCUCUCUCAACGAUACACCAAUCAUUCUCUCCGAACUACCACCAUCCAGCUACUGUGUGAAGCAGGACUGGGGCCUAGAGAAAUAAUGGCAGUGACAGGCCAUCGCUCCGAGUCUGCUAUUAGACACUACUGGGGAGCUGCGGAAGUUCGCUACAGGGCUUGGUCAGAUAUAAUGGAGAAUAACGCCCCCAAUUACAUAUAUAGCAAGAUCCCAAACGAAGCGAUAAAAGAAUCAAUAUCUGGUGCCUCCACCUCUUCUAUAAACCAUGUUGUUCUAGAACAAAGCAAAAUUUUAUUCCCUAAGAAAUCUGUGGUGCCACCGGGCGCUAAUUCUGUGACUUUAGUCCCUGAGGAACGCCCAGCUCUGAAUUCCAAAAGCCCUGUCCUGUUGAACCACAGUUCUUCCAAGGUGCUUCUCCCCAAGAACGUGGCCAGUGGGAACCUAACUGCCAGUCCCCAUCAAGGCUGUUGUAACAAACCUGUCUUUAUAAAGCGUGUGAUAAAACAAGAACCAAUGACUUGAUGCUUCUGUAAUGGAACUGAUUUCAAAUGAUUUGCUAAAAUGGAAAAAAUUACCAGACUUGUUUUUUCACUUUGUCUACUAAGGAAAUUUCUUACGGUCUAGUUCAGCAAGAAGUAUCCUGUUCGCACUCCUGAAGUGAGCUAUGGAACAGAAACUUAAACAGAGCAGGGCUUGGAGUUUGUAUGACUUUCUGUGGCAGCUGGGACUCUUUAAGUGGCUGAGCAGAGCUGUUUUAAAAAAAUGAAAGGGAGAUACUGAUUUCCACUUAGCUGAAGAGCUAUGCUUUCUUCACUAAGUGCAUGGCUUUUAUAUUUUGUGAAGAGUGUAUUUAUUAUACCAUUUUGUGCCUGCUGGCACUAAUGUAGCAUCUUACAAAUCAAAUACUUGAUUACUGAAGAGCACGGAGAAAGUAGAAGCUGAAUGAAAUAGACACAGAUACACUACAAAUAUACACGUAUGCAUGAAAACACCUGGAAUUGCUUGACCACUGUCGCCCUCUCUGUUCAAAUUGUUAUCAGGUCUACCAGAGGAUUGUGCCUUUUUUUUUUUUUUUUUUUUUUAAACUUUCUUGUAAAUUUAUUUUCUCUGUGAGCUACAGAUUUGUAUUGCAGGUCUUUCCUUUUCCUAUUUAAUAUUUCUGGCUAAGAUUUAAGUCAUUCUGUUCUCCAAAGGCACUAUUUGAUACAAAUUAUAAUAAAAUUGGGAUCUCUUCAGUUGUGCAUGAAACAGGGAAAAGGUUCUUAAAAGAGUUGAGAACACCUUUAUUGCUUAAAUAGCAAGUAAUUAGAGUUGAAGUGUUGUGUCUGUAUGUGUUAUCUUGUGAGAGGGCUUUUUUGUAUUUCCUCUCACUGACCCCUUGCAUUACAUUUCACAUUGUCUUUGCAGUAUAGUCAGUAUAGUCUUUCUCAGUAUAGUAUAAUUCACAAGAAGCACAUCCUGUUCUUCUCUACCAAACCCUAUCCAAAUAUUAUUUUUAUUUUAACUUUUUUAGAUUAGUUCACUGUAGUAAACUGAUCCUAUCAUUACAUUUUCCAUAGAUUUUUACAGGUUAGAAAUUCUCAGGAUAGCAGAUGUGAAUUUUGUCAGAGAAAUGAAAUUGUAGUUUAAAAGGCUCUUUAAUGGAAAAAAAAAUUACAAAUUAGGAGGGCUAGUCAUAGUUCAUUUUUAGUGAAUCACACUUGAAAAUCUAACUCAUGGUUUGUCUCUGCUAUUCUAUGCCAUAAUUUUCGUCAGAUUCUGACAAAUCGAGAUAUCUUCCUGUAAAUAAAAAUGGAAAACUGGUCAUCAAAUCACAAAUUAUGGUAGGUCUACUUUGGAAGGAGAAACUGUAGCAUUUACAACUGUUUUCCAUUAUAUCAACUGAAUGAAAUAAGAAUGGCUUCAUCCUUUUGACGUGUGUGUGUAUGUGUGUACACACAUGGUUUAUCACAUUAAGGACUUCACUGGAAGUGUUAUCUUGCUCAGCAGUGGACAAAAUAGAGAAAGAUCCCAGCUGAAAUAACAAAUUGACCAUGACAAACUCUUAAUUCUGUGGAGAACUUCCUUGCUGGGAAAGGCUUUCAAAUAUUGAAUGAGGUUUGUCACUUUGUUAUAGUCUGAACAGAGGACUUGAUGUCUGAACUUUGGAGUUUUGUCUUGGCUGGUAAUGUUCACCUUUGUGGCUUUGGGUAGGUUAUUCAUACAUACUUCAUCAGUUUUCCAAAGUGUAAGACCAGCACAGUGUGUUCCAUUUUCUGAUGGAUCAUGCUAAAGAUUAAAAUGUUUUGAAAGCGCUAUAUUCAUCUUAUGUAUUGUCUUUACAGUCACUUUUAUUUGCUGUUAUUAUAAUGAUUAAGCUAGUUGAUGAGAUGUAAUUGUUUAUAUAAUAAUUAAUUAUGCACAAUCCUACACUUCCUUAGUCACAGCAUUAAUUUACAACAUCAGUGACUAGAGGAAGGAAAUCAUGGAUCCAGGAUUAUCAUUUUGUCAAGCCUAGAGUAAAUCAAAUGAAAAUGGUAAAGAAGUAAUCCUUCCUAAUAGCUAGAAAGAAGAAAAAUUGAAAAAAUGAAGGGCAAACAGUCCUCGAAAUAUAGGAGAACUGUGCAGUAACUUAUUCUAGGAUAUUCUAGAGUAACAUAAAUUUCCAACUUUUAGGGAUUCAUAAAAUUCAUAAUUCAGCCAAACAAAUUUAAUUUCUUGCUUGAAGAGAUUUAAUCUAAACUUUCAUCAAGACGGGUAUGUAUUAUCUCCCCUCACAAAAAAAAGUAGUCCUGUCAUUGUCUCGGGUAGUUGCUUGUUCCAGCAUACAGGUGUUGAACAUUUAUUCUGCAGAAACAAGAAAAGUAUGUUGCCAGGAGAUGAUUCUUUUCUGUUCCCUCUUGCUGCAUACUGUGGUCAUACUGACCACAUGCCCUGCUCUGGUCCUAACUGCAUCUAGGUAACUUACUGUAACAGCAUAUUGCUGCUUGUUUCAUUCCUUAACACAAAUCUAGUUGGUGAUUUAAAUUGAAAAAGGGACUCUUUUGGUCAAUCUGGGCAUGUCUCUGAUUCCUUCUAAUUAUCCUUUGGCUUCUAACUUAACUUCCAUUCUGUUGGCUUGUAAUUGGGUAUUUUGGGCUUCUCAUUUGUUAAAUUCUCAUUCUGUUGGCACCAACUAUACAAUGUCCUCUCACUACCUUCAGUUUGAACCUGAUACUUCAAAGCUACUGACUGCAGUAUUACUAGCUUUUUAUUUUUGUAUGGGGGAAAUUUUUUUUUUGAAAAUGAGAAAAAGCACUCCUGGUUUGGGCUGGAAGUAUUAUUGCUUCACAAGAGCUGGAGUCCGUGUUCCCUAAGCUUUCCACUAAUAUUUGAAUUAAUUCUAAUGAAUAGAACGUAUUUCUAACCUUCUAGAACUGAAAAAUCUUUCUCCUGUUCCCCCUCCCACCCAAAGUGUUAAAUGAGUCUUUCCUACAUGUAUUACCCUUCUAGAAAAGCUGAAGUAGGCAAACAGAAUGGGUGUUUUGCUGCUUUUGUAAAGCCAGCUUUGGCUAUGCGUACAGUAAUAUGGGGAGCAGGGGGUCUUCCCCUCCCCCCUUUUUUUUUUUUGUUUUUCCGCUUUUAAACUGUGAGAUAAAAUUUCAGGUCAAUCCUGUUCAUUGCAGUACAGGUUAUGCUGUGUGGACAUAAUGAAUUCUAUCAAAACGAACAUGAAUUGGACUCCUCUAGUGGCAGUAUCAGCAGAGAACCUCAAACAGCAGGAUAUCUGAGUUUUUCUUCUUUUUUUUUUUUUUUUCCUUUCCA